ACUACUACGUAACAAUUAUUUAAAUCGACUAAUUAUUGUCAGGAUCAUAUUCAACAAUCCAAAAAGAAAAAAAAAUAUUUAUAGUAUGAUUAAAUACACAAGAAUACUUACACUGCAACUUUUCUCAGAUCCUUGCUGGUAUUUAACAAUUGCAUCAUUUUGGUCUGUUAAAUGUCAGGAAAUAAUUAAAAUGUGCUUUAAAUAUUCGUGUGAUUAGUCCAUUUCCAUAGGAAUUAAAAUAUACGUUACUGUAAUUUAAAUGCCCGAUCUGUGAAUGCUGAGUUACACGAAAAAUGAUCAAAUAAAAGCUAACACUCGUAGUUGUUUUUCACUUUUAUUUUGGUGUUGGUCAAAUAUAUGAAGAAUAAUUCUUUAAGAUAUUCCACUUUGAACGAGUAUAAUUUAGAAGUACAUUUACUUUAUUACACGUUAUUUAGGACUGUCGUUAGUGAACGUGAAGCAGAAACGCCCGAGGGGCCCUGAAUGUGCCGUGGAGCGUAGCGUCUCGUGCCACUUAGAGUAAGCUCCGCCCCCUGCUACUGAUGAGAGGCGACACUCAAACGGAGGAGGAGGUAGAAGUAGGUGAUUCAUCAGCUCCUUACCAGGUCCUCUGCUGGAGCUCAGCGAACCCUUUCAUUCCCAACAACGAUGACUUUCAGGCGGCUGAAGAAGGCGAACUCCAGCGGUCCGGAAGGCGGACCCGCUUCUCAGGACGACAUUUAUUUCCCUUCGUCCAAGUCCGACAGCUGCAGGAGCGUGGAGCUACCUGCGAGCUUCUCGGAGGUUUACAACUACAAAACUCUGGCUUACUCCGGCGGGACGCUGCCCAGAAACCUCAAAAAGGGAGGUGGCCCACAGAAGUGGAAACCCCUCACACAAUCAGCAGAACCACAAAGGAAAGUGGUGAUCCUGGAGAAAAAAGAAGAGGAGAGUUUUGGAUUUGAGAUCCAGACUUAUGGUCUCCACCAUCAGGACCAGAACACGGUGGAGAUGUGCACGUUUGUGUGUAAGGUGCACGAGAACAGCCCGUCCCAGACAGCCGGACUUAAAGUGGGAGACACCAUAGCAAGUGUGAACGAUACCAGCGUGGAGGGAUAUCUACACAAGGACAUUGUUCAGCUCAUCAAGGCCUGCGGCGACUCACUCAGGCUGGAGACGGUUUACAGCGACUCCAUCCGAAAGGCUGAGCUGGAGGCGCGGCUGCAGUAUCUGAAGCAAACUCUUUAUGAGAAGUGGGACGAAUAUCGCUCGUUGAUGGUGCAGGAGCAGCGGCUGGUUCACGGAAUUGUGAUGAGUGAUGCCGCCAUCUACGAGUCCCUGGAGUCGGCCGGUGUCUACGGCAGCCUCGGCGCCCCCAGCCCAGCGACUCGGAGAGCCCUGCGCGGCUCCAGCAGCACCAGCAGCACCGCUAGCUUCCUCACCGCCGAGGACGACCCCCUCUACCAGACCUGCCUGUACCAGGUGGACGGAAACCCAGAAGCAGACCACCAAAGGAAAGAACAGCAGCCGCCCCAGAGGCCGCAGCGUCUCCGUCCAACCAGUGAGGUUCUCACGGUGACAAAGACUCAGCUGACCCGCAGCGCCAGCACUCGCAGUUACAUGAGAGGGUCGGCGGCGGCGGCUGGCUCAGGGGAGAAAAAUGGAGGAUUCGGCUCUCUGCAGAGGAAACCCAAACAGAAGAGCUUCCGCCGGCGCCUCCUGAAGUUCAUCCCGGGAUUGAAUCGACCGCUGGAGGAGGAGGAGAGCAAACUAUGAGCUGCUGUUUGGUUAAACUCACCAAAGACUUGAAACGGUGCAGACCAUCAGACUAAAGUGCAUCAGGAGUCUGAGACCAAAGUAGACGGGGCUGUGUUUCUGACAGACCAACACUUCCUCGGUGUUUCACACGUGUACAUAAGUGUGUGUUCUGUUUGUUUUUUAAGUUAUUUAUUUAUUUCUACAUGUUCUCUUCAAGCGCAGAUGAAGGAUGUUUCAUUUUUUUCCCCCUGCUAGUUCGGCUUUCCGCGUGAGAACUGAGGAACGGGCUGUAAAUGUGCAACAAAACGUUCCACAGGAGAUGCGCAUGUGUUAGUGCAGGACACAUUUAAUCAUCCUUAAACCGUGCCUUUUCCAGAUUACACACCGGUCAUUUGUAAGAACGACUUCGCUGGCGAGAAAGCCCAUUUACACACAAGCUGCCGGCUGAUUGUGGAGAAAUGUAGCUGCUAAAUAAAUCUCGACUCUGGCCUGCA